AUGUACCCUACCCUACCCUACCCUACCCUCCUUGCACAUCCGUCCAAACGCCUCCAAGCGAGCCAACAGAUCUCCAAUCCCGCAUCGUCCAUAAACCCCGCCGUGUAUACGAUGAAGAAAGGGGAGAUCGCCGGGACGAUCUGGAAAGACGUGUGGGAAGGUGUGGAUCGAAGGGAGGAUGCUGCUGCUGCUGCUUAUUAUUAUUAUUGCGGCGAUGGCUAG